AUGCGGAGGACAGGGGUAGGUGUCUGUGGUGGAGCAGUGUUUCUCCUGCUCAGUAACUCUAACUGGACCGGGGGAGUUGUUCCACCUCCUAGUCCUUCUCCUACUAACGAUGACUCAGCUCCGGUCGCUGACUCGGCUCUCCGUUACCGGGUGGCUGAGGAGGGCCCCGCAGACGUUAUGAUCGGUAAUGUGGCUGCCGACCUCGGCCUGUCCGCGGGCACCGGCUCCGGAGAUGUCACAUUCGCCCUAGAGAGCGGCUCGGAGUUCUUCAAGAUUGAUAACGUUACCGGGGAGCUGACGACCGGGCAGCGGAGGAUUGACCGGGAGAAGCUGUCCCAGUGUCAGAUGAUCUUCGAUGAGAACGAGUGUUUCCUGGACUUCGAAGUGUCUGUGAUUGGUCCCCUCCAGAGUUGGGUGGAUCUCUUUGAGGGCCGUGUGGUCAUCACCGACAUCAACGACAACACUCCUUCGUUUCCGUCGUCGGUGCUGACAUUAUCUGUCGAGGAGAACCGUCCAAUAGGCACGCUGUAUCUGUUACCCACGGCGACGGAUCGCGACUUCGGGCGCAAUGGGAUUGAUCGUUAUGAGUUGAUUCAAGAUGGCAGCUCUUCCGGGUCGGCGGGGUCAGGGUUGGGGUCAGCGAGGAGGGCAGCUGGUGGGCCUAUGGGAAGAGCGGAUGGAACAGGAGGAGGAGGGGAUAGGAGGAGAGGAGCAUUGGAUAACAACGGAGGAGGUGCAGGAGGAGGUGUGAGGAGCAGUGUGUUUGAGCUCCAGGUCGCCGACACGCCCGACGGCGAGAAGCAACCGCAGCUGAUCGUGAAAGGCCCUCUGGACCGUGAAGCACGCGACUCGUAUGAGCUGGUUCUACGGGUUCGGGACGGUGGGAACCCUCCUCGCUCUUCCCAGGCGCUCCUCCGUGUCGCCAUCACCGAUGUCAACGACAACAGCCCGCGCUUCGAGAGAGCCAUCUAUGAGGCCGAGAUGGCGGAGAAUGCGCCUCCCGGAACCCCCGUCCUCCAGGUGCGCGCGUCGGACCGCGACGUCGGCGUCAACGGACAGGUGGAGUACGUCUUCGGAGCUGCCACGGAAUCUGUCCGCCGUCUUCUCCGACUGGACGAGGCUACCGGUUGGCUGAGCGUCCUCCACAGGAUUGACCGGGAGGAAGUGGCCCAGUUACGGUUCACGGUUACGGCAAGGGAUCGUGGUCAGCCACCGCGCACCGACCGGGCGACCGUAGUCCUGGUGGUCCGGGAUGAGAACGACAACGUUCCGGUCGUGGAGAUCAGGAAGAUCGGACGGAUUCUGGUGAGGGACGGAGUGGCGCUGGUACCGGAGAAUGUUCUGGUGGACACGCCGGUGGCGCUGGUUCAGGUGUCAGACCGGGACCAGGGGGAGAACGGAGCGGUAACCUGCACGGUGGUCGGGGAUGUACCGUUCACCCUGAAACCAGCGGGAGAGACGGCGCUCCUGCCUCUGCCCGCGGACGACGCCUUCGACAGAAACCGUAAGAAGUAUUUCCUCCACACGUCGGCCCUGUUGGAUUACGAGGCCACUAAAGAGUACAGCGUGACCAUCGUGGCAGUCGACUCCGGUUCCCCGUCUCUCUCCAGCAACAGCUCUCUCAUGGUCAGGGUAGUGGACAUCAACGACCACACUCCUACCUUCGCCCAGGCCGUGGUGGAGGUCCACUUUGCCGAGAACAACCAACCAGGAGAGCGUGUGGUCACCGUGGUUGCGGCGGAUGCCGAUUCCGGAAAGAAUGCAGAGAUUGUGUAUUCAUUGGAUCCGUCCGUUACCGGCCUGUUCUAUAUUGAUGCUGAUAAUGGGGAUAUCCGUGCGACGGGGGUUCUGGACCGGGAGGUCAGGGAGAGGUACGAGUUCCAGGUGAUCGCCAGGGAUAAGGGAUUCCCCUCGCUGCAGGGGUCGGCCACGGUGGUAAUCAUGGUGACCGACCGCAACGACAACACUCCGAAGUUCGUCCAGGAAGUGUUCACGUUCUACGUGAAGGAGAACCUCCUUGCCAACAGCCCAGUCGGCAUGGUAACGGUAACAGACGCGGAUGAGGGUGAGAACGCGGAGCUGAGUCUUUUCGUAGAGAUGGAGGAAGAAGAAGGAGAAGAGGUGGACGGAGGAGGAGGGGAGAAGAACAAGGGAGUAGGAGAGGAGGGAGGAGGAAGAGGAGGAAGAGGUGAAGACACGUUCUCCAUAGAGAACAACACAGGGACGAUCUUCUCCUCCGUGACCUUUGACCGGGAACGCCGUUCUACCUACACCUUCCGCGUCCGGGCCAUCGACGGCGGGGCUCCGCCUCGCUCCGCCACGGCGACAGUCUCCCUCAUCGUAACUGAUGAGAACGACAACGCCCCCUCCGUGACCUCACCCACCAACGAUUCCUACACCCUCCUCCCCCCGGCCUCCUCCACCCGGACCAUCGUCAGAACCGUGGCCGCCUCGGACUCGGACUUUGGCCGCAACGCUGACCUGCGCUUCUCCCUGGUAGGAGGGAACCCCUUCAGGCUGUUUGAGAUCGGCCUGGCCAGUGGAGUGAUCACCGUGGCAGAGCCCCUAGAGAGGAGACACAGGGGGCUGCAUCGCCUGGUGGUCAGGGUCAACGACAGUGGAGAGCCAUCGCUCUGCGCCACCGCGCUGGUCCACGUCUUCAUCAACGAGAGUCUGGUCAACGCUACACUGGUGGACGCACAGGUAAUUAUGAAUAUGACCUGUAUGUCCUAAAUGGCACCCUAUUCCCUAUGAAGUGCACUA